CAACCCAAGAAACAGAAGAUUCACACACACAGACACACUACUCACUACACACAUUCACAAGCAAAACAGUAUUAGUAACACUGCUCAGUACACACACACUCAGUCACUCACUACAACCCAAACCAAACCAAACUCAAACUGAAACCACAACACAAUCACCAGAUCCAAACAUGUACAAAACCAACACCUUCUUCAUCCUCCUCACCCUUGUCACAACCACCACUCCCACACUUGAAACUCAACACCCACAACUAUCUCAUGCUAGAAAACUCCUUCACCAACCAUUCUUUCUCCCUCUCUCUCCCCCAAUCUCUCCCUCAUUCUCUCCCAUCUCUCCCUCAGUCUCUCCCACUUCCCAGCCCCAACCCAAGUACCCCUUCUCUUCUCUCUCCCCACCCACCCCAACCACCUUCUUCCCUUCCUACACAACCCCUCCCCCACCCCCUACCCUCACCACCACCCCUACUUUUCCCGCCAAUAUUUCCUCCCUCAUACUAACCAACCCCUCUCACUCCUCAAAGCCCAUUUCGAAAAAACUCAUCGCCAUUGCCAUCUCCCUCUCUCUCCUCUCUGCUCUCCUUGUUGCCAUUGUCGCCACUCUUCUCCUCCACAGGCACACUCGAAAACCGGAAAUCAUUAAAUCCGAUAGCCUACGGCUCUACCCCUCCCACACCUCGCCGUCCGAUGAGCCCGGAACGAGUACUUCCACAACGACGACGACUACCACCACGACGAGUCAUGUUAAUUUUUAUGCAACUAUGUCUUCAUCGGGUUAUCACAAACUGGGCUCGCCGGAGCUCCGGCCGUUACCGCCGUUACCUAAACAAAACCCCUCCGGAGAACAAUUAUACUACAAAGACUCCGGCAAAGAUAAAGAGCUGGAAGAUGAUGAGUUUUUUUCGCCGGUGGCAAGUCCGAACGGCGACGUUUUGGGGUCCGGUGGGGUGGAUUCAGGUAGCCGGAGUUUCAAUUCGAAAACGGCGUCGUACCCCUCUUCACAAUCACAUUCUCCAAUGUCUACGAGUCCUUCAAUUGCAUUUAAUUCAAGUCCGCGAAGCUCGAUUUUGAAGUCUCCGGACUCUCUUGUUAAUUUUCCGAUGCCUCCCCCUCCGACACGACAACGGAAGGUUUCGUUGUCGACGGAGAGUACGCCAGUGAGGGUUUCGGAUGUAAGUGAAUGUGGUGAUGUUAGUUUGCCUCCAAUGCCACCGCCAAUGCCAGCACCAAGAGGGUGGGAAGUAGGUGGAGGUUUCGAAAAGGAGCCUCCGGUUCUUGUAAUGCCAAGUAGGCGUGAUGUCGAACGACGAGGAGAUGUUGGGGAGAAAAAUGAGGAAGUUUUGAAGCUUAAAUUGAAGCCUUUGCAUUGGGAUAAAGUUAAAGCUAGUUCUGAUCAUGCAAUGGUGUGGGAUCAGCUCAAGUCCAGCUCAUUUCAGUUGAAUGAGGAAAUGAUUGAGACUUUGUUCAUGGUGAACACGUCUAAAUCGACGCCUAAAGAUGCUAACACACCGAGACCACUUUUUCCUUUAAUGAAUCAAGAUACCCAAGUUCUUGAUCCAAAAAAGUCUCAGAACAUUGCUAUACUGUUAAGGGCACUUAAUGUGACUGUUGAUGAAGUUUGUGAAGCUCUUUUGGAAGGUAAUAGUGAUACUCUCGGGACAGAACUUCUAGAGAGUUUAUUAAAGAUGGCUCCAACCAAAGAAGAAGAAUACAAACUGAAGGAGUUCGAAGAAACACCACCCUUCAAGCUGGGCCCUGCCGAGAAAUUCCUCAAGGCAGUUCUUGAUAUACCUUUUGCAUUUCAGAGGAUCAAUGCCAUGCUUUACAUAGCCAAUUUUGAUUCUGAAGUUGAGUACCUUAAGAGGUCAUUUGAGACAAUUGAGGGAGCUUGUGAAGAACUUAGAAACAGUAGAAUGUUCGCUAAGCUUUUGGAGGCCGUUCUUAAGACCGGGAACCGUAUGAACAUUGGAACCAACCGUGGCGAGGCUCGUGCCUUCAAGCUUGACACACUACUCAAGCUUGUAGAUGUGAAAGGCACUGAUGGGAAAACCACGCUCUUGCAUUUUGUUGUACAGGAAAUUAUAAGAGCAGAAGGUUCUCGUCUUUCUGAUGACCAGUCUUUGAGUGCUGAAUACCAGCAACAUCCUGACCUGAGAGAUGACAUUGAAUUCAUGAAACUCGGUCUGCAGGUUGUUUCCAGUUUGAGUGGGGAGCUAACCAGUGUCAAAAGAUCUGCUUCCAUGGAUGCGGAUGUCCUUGGUAAUGAAGUGGAAAAACUAUGUACUGGAAUUACCAAGGUUCUGGAAGUAUUGAAAUUAAAUGAAGAACUCCCAUUGAGCGAAAAUAGUAGAAAACUCUCUGAAUCAAUGAGCGCCUUCUUUAAGAAGGCCGAGGAACAAUUAAUCAAGGUUCAAUCCCAACAGAGUGCUGCUCUUUCUAUGGUAAAGGAGAUAACCGAGUAUUUCCAUGGUAAUUCUGUUAAAGAAGAGGCUCGUCCAUUUCGGAUUUUCAUGGUGGUCAGGGACUUCCUUUCUAACCUUGAUCAAGUAUGCAAAGAAGUCGGGAGGAUUAACGAGAGAACUAAAGUUAGCUCAGCAUGUCAGUUUACAGCGCCAAUAUACACAAGCCUUCCACCGCUUUUUCCUGAACUUAGUGGGUCACAGACUUACAGUACAUCGGAUGAUGAAAGCUCAUUUUCGUCGUAGCAUCAAACUUCUCUUUCUUGGUUCAUGUAAUCGUUACCGGAACUCACUGGUGCACCAUCAACCUAGUCAGAAUGCACUAGAGGUUAACAGGGUUGAGUGGCCAUGAUUUGUAUUAUUGAAGAUCUUGACAUGUUUUAGUUUCAUCUGACAUGUAAUAUGCAUGGUCUAUUAAGUCAAUUGUGUUGCAGUAAUAGGUAAUUCUGGAGAAAUGGUGAGAGCUAGCUUUGUAUA